AUGGAGGAAUAUAAUUGGAAAGAUACUAAUAUGGCCUUAUUCGGUUCCGAUGAAGAAAGAUCUAUCAAAAAGGAAGCUGCUAAAACUGAAGAAGCAUGGCAACAAAUAAGACCAAUUGGAAAAUCAACACUUUUGGUUUGGAGAAUAAACAAAUUUAAUCUGGAAGUCGUAAAAUCAAAAGAUAUUGGGACGUUUUAUUCUGGAGAUUCAUAUAUUGUCUUGAAUAUAGAAAAAGUUGGCGAUGAUUACAACUAUGAUGCUCAUUUCUGGAUAGGAAAGAAAAGUACUCAAGAUGAAUAUGUAACUGCAGCUUACAAAACUGUAGAGUUGGAUACAUUUUUAGACGACAAAGCUAUUCAACAUCGUGAAGUCGACGGAUUGGAGUCAAAACAGUUUAAAAAUUAUUUUAAAAAGUUUAGAACACUUGAAGGUGGUUAUGAUAGUGGAUUUAAUCAUACAAAACCAAAUGAAUUUAAAACAAGGCUUAUACACUUUCGAGACAUUGAUUCUUCACAUGUUGAAUUACGUGAAGUACCUUAUUCUAGAAAUUCUUUGGUUUCGGAAGAUGUUUUCAUACUGGAUUUAGGAUCAUUAGCUUAUCAAUGGAUUGGUAGUAAAUCAGGCAAAUAUGAACGAUUUAAAAGUGCAGAAUAUUUAUUGAAACUUAAAAGUGAACGUAAUGGAAGAUGUAAAAUUCAAGUAUUAGAAGAAAAUGAAAACUCGCAUGAAUUAAAAGAAUUUUUAGCCAAGCUGCCGAAUACCGAAAUUACUGCACCUUCUAAAAAUAACUGCGGAAUGAAGGCAGUUCAUCGCCUUUCAGAUGAGGAUGGGGAAAUGAAAUUAUCUUUGGUAUGUAAAGAGGUACUGCCACGAUCUGUGAUUACACAAGAUGAUGUGUACUUCAUUGACAAUGGUUCUCAUUUAUACGUCUAUAUUGGAGACCAGUGUUCAACCCAGGAAAAGCGAAAUGCUCUAUCAAAUGCUCAUGAGUAUUUAAAGGGAACUAGUCAUCCACUUGUACCAAUCAGCGUAGUUUGCGGCAGUGAGAAAUUAACACUGUUAAAAAAUAUCCUAGAAUGA